AUGUAUACAUUCAAUGUAUUGGACUGGGUGAAAGAUAAUAAACGAAGAAUGCUUCAUGUUGUAUAUCGUGUUGGGGACUUGGAGAAGACUAUAAAAUUCUAUACCGAGUGUUUGGGGAUGAAGCUAUUGAGAAAGCGUGACAUACCAGAUGAGCAAUACUCAAAUGCUUUUCUUGGAUAUGGACCAGAAGAUUCUAACUUUACUGUUGAACUUACAUAUAAUUAUGGAGUGGACAAGUAUGACAUUGGGACUGGUUUUGGCCACUUUGGUGUUGUAGUUGGAGAUGUUGCCAAAACAGUGGAACUUAUAAAGUCAAAGGGCGGGAAAGUUACCAGGGAACCUGGUCCUGCCAAUGGUGGCAGUACAAUAAUUGCUCUUAUUGAGGAUCCUGAUGGUUAUCUAUUUGAGCUUUUAGAGAGAUGGCCUACACCAGAGCCCUUUGCACAAGUGAUGCUUCGUGCUUUCGGAAUGGAACUUCUCCGCACUAGAGAUAAUCCCGAGUACAAGUAUACAGUAGCCAUGUUGGGUUAUGGUACUAAAGAUAACAGUCCAGUGCUUGAACUGACAUAUAACUAUGGGAUCAACGAUUAUGACAAAGGAAAUGGUUAUGCUCAGAGAGCAAUAGGCACAGACGAUGUUUAUAAAAGCGCAGAAGCAGUUAGACUCUCUGGAGGAAAAAUUAUUCUUGAACCUGGUCCCUUGCCAGGUAUCAACACCAAGAUAACUGCUUGCUUAGAUCCUGAUGGCUGGAAAUCGGUUUUUGUUGACAAUGUUGAUUUUCUAAAGGAAUUAGAAUGA